CGACACGCCCGCUCGCCAGUCGGGACUACCACGCGACGGGAGAGCGGUUCUCUCGGUGAACAAACCUCGGCCAGUCCGUCCGAAGCAGCGGUACAGGGAUUUGCCGUCGUAGCCCCUCGUGAAUCAACAUGGACGACCUGACGAAAGAGCAAGUGCAGAUGUUGCGCAAGGCGUUCGACAUGUUCGACCGCGACAAGAAGGGCUACGUGCACACCAACAUGGUGUCGGCGAUCCUGCGUACGCUGGGUCAGACCUUCGAGGAGAAGGACCUGAAGGACCUCAUCUCCGAGAUUGACCAGGACGGCUCCGGCGAGCUGGAGUUCGAGGAGUUCGUGGCGCUGGCCGCGCGUUUCCUGGUGGAGGAGGACACGGAGGCCAUGCAGGAGGAGCUGCGCGAGGCCUUCCGGCUGUACGACAAGGAGGGCAACGGCUACAUCAACGUGUCCGACCUGCGCGAGAUCCUGCGCGCCCUGGACGACGCGCUCACCGAGGACGAGCUGGACGAGAUGAUUGCCGAGAUCGACACCGACGGCAGCGGCACCGUGGACUUCGACGAGUUCAUGGAGAUGAUGACCGGCGACUAGACCAACAGUCCUGCUCCUGGAAGCGCCACAUCAACGGAGACGACGUUCCGACGACGUCUCCGAAUAAAAGAGAAUGGGAACUUCACCACCUCCUUCGACCAGAAGCGCGGAAGCAACGAAAUAAAGAGAGAGAAAAAAAACAUGACAACACAUAGCGUGAGCGAAUGAAAGAGAGACAAAUGUUCUUCGAAAAAAAAAAAGAAAAAGGUAUUUAAAAAAGCUGUCCGUGAAAAACGGAAGCGAAACCGUGAAUGUACAAGCCUUAGCGCUGACUUCACGAUGACUUUGUUUUCAACUUUGUUUUCUCUGUUUGCUUUACUCUGUUAACUUUAGCCUUGGCUUCGCCAGUUAAGUUUGUGUUCGUUUCUUUGUAAUUACUUUUAACUUUAAAGAUAUUGCGUCCCCGUGUCCCGUGACAUGCGCUCAUUGCUAGCCUCACGGUUAAAGGAACGAGUGGUCACGAAAAGAAAAAAAAUAGAAAUUUCGAAUGGUGACACAGGGGCCGUAAGUGUACGUGUUGUGACAUAGCUGGCCCUGUCGUCAAAGAAUUAAUUUGUGACCUGAGCUACAAACUAAGUAUGGGCUCAGAGGCUGAGGAACGAACAAUGAUGUUCGGAAACGAACGACAUGGAGGAAUUAUUCACUGGCUAUGUCGAAUAAAAUAUUCGUUUGUUUCUGUU